CGUGGUGCAUGAACGCUUGUAAAAUAUCUUUCUCACGUCUCCUCAUUAUUGUUUGACCAUACAUAAUCUAAUAAUACCAAACAGGCUUAAAGUACAUUUCACAACCAUGGCAUCAGAGGAUGAAGUGAAUUUGCUGGUGAUUGUAGUAGAUGUAAAUCCGAUAUGGUGGGGACAGCAAGCACAACGGGACACGGAGUUCACGCUGUCGAAGUGUAUAGAUGCUGUGAUGGUGUUGGGGAACUCUCACAUGGCGAUGAGCAGAACAAAUAAAUUGUGCAUCAUAGCAAGCCACUGUCAGGACAGCCACUUUCUGUACCCCUGUAAAAGCUGGAGGGGAGGGGACGGCCGUGAUGAAGACACCUCGUCCAGUGGAGAUGGGAAGUACGAGCUGCUGUCUGUGGCCAACAACCUGAUGGCUGACGAGAUCCGCAGCGUCAUGCUCAAAUCUAAAGUGAAAGGAAACUCCACAGACACCAUGCUGGCUGGAUCCCUUGCCAAAGCACUUUGUUAUAUUAACCGAAUGUCCAAAGAUCUGGAGGUUGGGCAGGAGAUCAAGUCUAAGAUAUUGGUGAUCAAAGCAGCAGAUGACUGUGCUCUGCAGUACAUGAACUUUAUGAAUGUGAUUUUCGCAGCUCAGAAACAAAACAUUCUGAUUGAUGCAUGUGUGCUGGACGCAGACUCGGGGCUCCUUCAGCAGGCCUGUGACAUCACUGGAGGCUUGUACCUGAAAAUUCCUCAGAAAGUGGCUUUGGCUCAGUACCUGCUGUGGGUGUUCCUGCCGGACUCGGAGCAGCGCAGUCAGCUGAUGUUACCUCCUCCGGCUCACGUGGACUAUAGAGCAGCGUGCUUUUGCCACCGCAACCUCAUCGAGAUCGGAUACGUGUGUUCUGUCUGCCUGUCAAUAUUCUGCAAUUUCAGCCCCAUCUGCACAACCUGCGAGACAGCUUUCAAAAUCCAGCUACCCCAGAUGGUCAAGCCCAAAAAGAAAAAGCUAAAGCCGUCUUGAUGAUAAUUAAUUUACUGUCAAUUUAAUUUUGGUAUUUAAAAACUAUAACUGCUAAUUUUUUUCAUUAAAAUACAAAAGCU